CUCGAGAGCUUCCCGCAUCGUUCUUUCUUCGGAAGCGAUGGCCGUCGGGCACUGCUUCUUGGGCGUUCUCAACUUCGUGGCCUUCCUCCUCUCCCUCUCGAUCCUCGUCGGCGGAAUUGGCCUCUCCGACUGCAACAACUUCGUCCAGCACCCCGUCAUCGCCGUCGCCGCCAUCCUCAUGGCCGCCUGCCUCGCCGCGACCGCCGCCGCCUGCUUCCGCGCCCCCCGCCUCUUCUGGCUCUCCUUCCUCUCCAUGCUCGUCCUCGUCCUUGUUCUCUGCGGUCUCGUCGUCUUCGGCUUCGUCCUCACCGGCGACGACUACUCCCAGUGGCGCCAAGAAAGGCUCGCCGGCGACAAGAACUGGGCCGAGACCCUGAGCUGCGUCCGAAGGAGCCCCGAGUGCCGGAUUUUGCAGGAGGAGGACCCGCAGAGCUUGGACGAUUUCAACGAUUUAUCGAUCACACACAUUCAGUCUGGAUGCUGCCUUCCACCCACAGAAUGUGGAUUCGUCUUCCAGAGUGUCACCGUCUGGACUAACCCAACCAACACCACUUUGAACAACACUGACUGCAGUACCUGGAAAAAUGAUCCUUCCAUCCUCUGUUAUGACUGUCAGUCUUGCAAGGCCGAAACUGUUGCGAGUAUCAAGUAUGACUGGAAGGAGGCAGCAAGGAACACCACCAUUUUCCUCGUCUACCUCAUUGUCAUAUUUUCUUUUGGAUGCUACACCUUGCAUCAGAGUGCUCACCCUGGAUGGAAAGGAUACUCUUAAAGGGCUGACAGAAAUCAGGGAACAUAUCGACAUUUUAAUGGAAUACGCUCUCUUCAUCAAAAAAAAUGCAGAAAACCCUCAAGAUAUUUUGCUUUGUCUCAAGAGAUAAAGUUUUAGUCUUUUGUCAUUGCAUUGGUAGAUAAUGUGUUUCUUUGGUAUGGAUAGAUGAUGUGUUUGGUUGCAGGGAAAUGAGUUGCAUUGCUGUAUGUAAAACGGCAUAUGCCCUCAUUACAUGUUUUGCGUUGAUGCAAUCAUACUCUCUCUAUUUUACUUUGGUUGUUGUGGUACAAUCAUUGCUUUUUUUAACAAAUUAAUUUGAUUUGGGUGAAAAACUACAUGUAGCUGAUUUUAGUGGAUGAACAGUUCAUUAACAAGUUUAAAGUGAUAUAAACUACUAGAUUCAUCUGCUAGCUUGUGUUA